AUGGAAAAUCAUUCGACCGUGCCCGUGCCCGGAUUCUCGAGAUCGACGGGAAGAGUCCAGAAACCGGCGGCGAGCAAUAGUAUACUGGAGGCGAUCGGGCGGCUCACCGGCGGCGAGAUGAAGGCGGUAGAGGGCGGGCGGGUGAAGAUCGUGGUACAGAGGGAGGAUCUGAAGCAGGUUCUUGAGGCAAUCAAGGACGGAGACGAAGAAGAAGAUGACGCAGGGAAAGGCAGGCGAGGUCGUGCGAUUGAAGUGAGAAGGGCUUAUCUUGAUACUGUCAGUAGACAGUUACUGAUUUGA